GUUUAAUCAUCAGUCUGGCAUUGCUAGUUAGCUGUACAAAAUCUUCAGAAUGUUCGCCCUUGUAUGGUUAUACCUUUUGGGAACAUGCCUCGCCCGGAAUUCCUCACUACCGGGAGAUUGCCCUACCGAAAUUACAGACGUCGACAAAGGCGUGACCUUCAACGCAUCAGGCACGCUGCCCGUCAAAUUCAAGGGCCAAAGAGAUUCAUGGUACAUAAGCACUGCUGUGACCGACGAGCGCGACCAAAACCGCACAUUCAUCAACGGCCACUCCAUGCAGUGGCUCAAGGCAUUUAUAAGUGUUCCCCGACAACUUGUUGGAUCUCUCGACGGCAAGACCGUCGAAGUUUGCCCAUACAUGCUUAAAGGACUCAACAACACCUCUGAAGACCCAGACGAUGCGGAUGAAUCGUGCAAAGGGGUUAUGAGCGACGAAUGUAUCGAAGAAUUUGAGAACUUGACUCUUCCGCUAGGUACUGGUAAAAAUUGUCCGAGUUACCAGGAUUUUGAUCUCAGCGACAAAUGCAAGCUGCACCUUUAUUCCGCAAUGCUAUUUCCGCCGCGCAAUUUCUCCACGGCGCGCUGUUCGCUCGACAAGAUGCCAUAUCUCGACAUUCCCGAUAACCACAGGACGUAUGGCACUUAUAUAUCUCUCGGGGAAGACGGUGAUAUCGACUACGAUGAUUAUGAUGUGUAUGAUAUCAGAGUCCAGCAGACCAUUCCAAUGUUCAUGAUGGUAUCGACCCGUGGUGUUAGUGACAGCAAGAUGGUAUGUAUUGCUCCGAAUAAGGUUGUUCGGGGUAGUCGAAAACCCGAAUUGAAGCUAGAAGGGGCUGAGCAAGAGGACGAGAACACGGCGUCGCGAGUUGGAGGGUUGGGGGCUGCUGUCUUCCUUGGUGUUGGCGCCAUGAUCUUUAGUCUUCUGUAGCACAAUCAGCCUAGCGAAUAAGCAUAUCAAACUUUAACGGACAAUUAUUAUU